AUGGCUGGCUUGAAUUGGACAUUUGAACAACUCGCCGCUUACUUUGCCCACCACGCAUCUUUCCCGCGAAUUGGUCUAAAUCCCAUCAUAGAACGACUUCUCUCGACUUGUUGCAAUGCGUCCGUGUUUGGCAUUGGCGGCCACUCUGUAGUGCUCCGCAUCUCCCCUGAAAUAGUGGCAAAGGUGGCUCUGGAGCCAGGCGAUGAGCGCUUACGUCAAGAGCAGACAAUAUUCGAAGCACUUGCUAAAGUCCAUUGCCCAAACCUUGCCCAAUGUUAUCUCCGUGCCGCAGACGUCAACUUUGUAAAAUUCAUACCAAAUGGCACGCUGUACGAUCGCAUGAGCAUUGCCAAAACUCGGCCAAUUUUACGCUGGAUGCUGCAAUUGUCACACGCAGCCGCUUGUUUGGAAACGCUAAGCUACUGCCAUGGUGAUAUUAACCCACAAAACAUUCUGUUCGACUAUAAUGACCAGAUUAAGCUCAUCGAUUUCGACUAUUCACUUAAGGUUGGUGAUGAGCUUGAUGUUGGCUACAAACCCUAUGUUCGAUAA